AUGGCUUUCAAAAGCUGUAGCUCUUUCUCACUGGUCUUUCUGGCCAUAAUCUUCCUAGCAACCCCCGCUGCUUCGACUGUCGAUUUAUGCGCGGACGCAGACUACAAGGACCUCUGCAGGGCCGCAUUGAGGGGAAUAACAAACCCAGCCACCGGCACACAAGUUGCAAUCAAAGCACUCAUUUCAGAGACACAACGCAGCAUUGUUAAGGCAAAGCGGUUUGCUGAUAUUAAGAAAGACAAGAUCGCUAAGGUUUGCAUGGAGAGCUACGAGGAUGCAAUAUACAAUCUCAAGGCGUCUUUGAACAACGUUAGGGACAACGACAAAGGUUCCCUCAACAGCAACCUGUCCGCGGCUUAUACGGAUUUCUUGUCUUGUGAUGAUGCUUAUAGUGAAAGGGGGAGGGCGUCUCCUUAUGGAAGGAUUAGUACUCACUUGCAACGGCUGGCUAGUAAUUGCUUGGCCGUUUCAACCGUGCUUCGACGUUUCCAAAGUUUCAAUGUUUGGCAAUGCCCCUAUAAGCAUAAUCAUACAAUUACAAAACAAAUGCAGACUGAUUCUGGGUAUUUUUACAAUAGGAGGAAACAAAUAUUGAAGGAAGCCAGCAGACACAUGUUCCUGUAG